UCAGUGUCGUACAGAGGACGCGCCACUAAUACCGAGGAACGUUCGGAUAUAUACAUGUACAUGUAUAUAUGUGUUCCGGUAACGAACAUACCCAGAUUAUCUAUAAGAGUUCAUCAUGUGUGAGUGGGUGGAGGAAUCGGACUCGGAGGGAAAUAUAUUGAAAACCAAAAAAUAUGAAGGAAAACUGUACACGAGUAUAAUACCGGGGAACGUCAAGGACCACUUGGAGAGGCUAGAAAACAUGGAGGUUCGGGACGAUGAUACAUUCGUUAUGUCCUACCCAAAGUCAGGAACACAUUGGGUGUUUACGAUUGCCAGUAUGCUCCGUACCGGAAAGUCUUCUUAUAUCGGUUCCCCACAUUUCUUGGACUACAACGAUGUUGAUACCCUGGACAAGUUACCAUCGCCGAGGCUUUUAGCCUCUCAUAUGACCUUUGACCGACUUCCUCGUCAGGCCAGAGAAGGAAAGGGGAAAAUAUUGGUUGUAACCAGGAAUCCCAAAGAUGUUGCCGUUUCCCUUUAUAUCUUUUUCACGAAAUUAAACGCGCCGGAUUUCUCGGGAUCAUGGGAAGGAUUUCUAAGAUUUUAUAAUCAGGGAAAAAUGUUAUAUGGGUCCUGGUUCGAAACGCUGUUUGACUGGGAAAAGGUCAAGGCCACGCAUAAAGGAGACAAUACCAUGUAUUUGGUGUACGAAGACAUGAAACAGGAUCUCUAUGACAAUGUCAUUAAGAUGGCGUCGUUCCUGGGUGUGACGUAUGACAAACCAUUCUUGGAGGAAGUCACGGACAGGUGUACAUUUAAAACAAUGGUGAAAACAAUUAUUGACGAAAUCAAACCACAAGACCAGGAUUUUAUACAUAAAGUAUCAGACGAAAAGAAAUUACCAAUCUACAGGAAAGGAGAGGUUGGUGAUUGGAAGAACCAUUUCACUGUGGCACAAAAUGAAACGUUCGACAGGAUAUACGAGGAACAAAUGCGAGACAGCAAAUGUAAAUUUAGAUUCGAGUAAAACCUAGUUGACCAGUGGUGAAUGUAUGGUUUACUAUAACUUUUGAACAUUAUUUGAGAAACCAACGCCUCGUUUGCACGUUCAUGGAUCCAAGUAGAAAAUAUAAAUUGUGUAUAGAAGUGUUAGCGUAACAAACUCUUUCAUAUAGCAUGGUUUGUAUAAAACAUCUUUUCAGUUUGAUGAGUAUUUAUAUGAAUAAAAUUUCGUAUAUCACAACCAG